UGGUUGAAAAAUUUGACUACGUUUUUCCAGAAAAUGGUCUUGUAGCCUACAAAGAUGGGAAAUUCUUGAGCAAGCAGAACAUUCAGGGGUACCUGGGUGAGGACAUACUUCAGGAUCUGAUCAACUACUGCCUGAGUUACAUUGCGAAGAUUAAACUGCCAAAGAAAAGGGGCACUUUUAUUGAGUUCCGAAACGGGAUGUUAAAUGUGUCCCCCAUUGGAAGAAGCUGCAGCCAGGAAGAACGAGUUGAGUUCUAUGAACUUGAUAAAAAGGAACAUAUAAGAGAGAAAUUUGUAGCUGAUUUACGAAGAGAAUUUGCAGGAAAAGGCCUCACAUUUUCUAUAGGAGGCCAGAUAAGCUUCGAUGUGUUCCCAGAUGGCUGGGAUAAGCGAUACUGCUUAGGAAUUGUUGCCAAUGAUGGAUACAAGACUAUUUAUUUCUUCGGAGAUAAGACUAUGCCAGGAGGGAAUGACUACGAAAUUUUCACAGACUCCAGAACACAAGGGCACAGCGUCACAUCUCCACAGGAUACACGAAGAAUCUGUGAAGAGCUAUUUUUUAAAUAA